UGUGUGUGUGUGUGCGCGCGCGCGCGCAUAUAUGACGUACUGGUAAGUAAUGGGAGCAGAUGGAAAUCCUGGUGGGAGAAGGAGAUCGAUAUCUGGAUGAACCAGAAAGACAAGAACUUUUGUGUGCGCGAGAGGGAGAAACAGAGAACACCAGACAGGAGAGACGAGACGAGACAAGACGAGAUGAGAUGAGAUGACACGACACGGGACGGGACGAGACAGCCUGCGAGGACCAUCAGUUUGGUAGUGAAGGGACCGUCUGCGAUAUACGCUUUCACUCUCCCAACCCCAGACUGCAAGGUGAUGCUGAUGCGGAGUUUAAAAUGGUGAUCUCGCGCUUAUUUUACUAAUACAGCUAAAAAGCAGCCCCCUUCACAGUCCACAUGGUCAGGCCCUCUAGGGCGUGGGAGAAGAGCUUACCACCGAGCAUGGCCUCCAUCAAAGGUGAAAGCACGCACCAGAGACCAGCACCCAUUAAACAAGAGGACUGUGAGUGGGAGGAUUUGCGGGUGACGCUGGAGCGCCGUGACGGAAAGAGUUCGGCUUUCAAACAGGAGGAUUCUGAGGAGAAGACCACCAAAAGUAAAAUCGAGGAUUUGCCGGUUAGCCUUGAGGUGCAAACGCACGAUGCUGGGAAUAUUUUCAAGGGAGAGAUUGGUGAAGAGUCUUGGUCCCAGUACAGUAAUUCAGGCCGUGUGGCUUCCCGGCAAAAUUCUACAGAAGUGAAAUCUGAGUUGAGUGAGUUUGAAGAGAAAAUCGGCAAAGGCACCGGAAGAGACGCAGAAGAGGGCCAGUCACCUGGGAGUGCUGGAAUGAAUUUCCAGGACAAUGGCAGCUUCUCCCCGUCUUCAUUUCCUCGGCCCUCUCAGUGCAGACUGCCGCACAAGCAGGACAAGGAGAAGAUGAAGAAAUCAACAAGAGGAUCAGAGAAUUCGACCCCAGCCUCUUUACAGUGUUCUCUUUCUGCUGCUAAGCCAACGUGCAUAGAAGCCAUCAACAUGGAUCGAGUAUGUAAUACAAAUCAAGAGUCCUUGCUUGCAUACACAGAGUGCCGGAAAUGUUUCAAAAACACUCCUGACUCUAGAGACCAGAAGUCGAUUCAGAUGAGACAGAAGCCACAUCCCUGUCCUGAGUGUGGCAAGUUAUUUUCAAACAGAAACAGCCUGCACAAACAUAAAAGAAUUCACACGGGAGAGAAGCCUCAUAGCUGUUCUGAAUGUGGCAAGCAUUUCUUAGAGAGGCGCAGUCUGCAUAGGCAUAUGAGAAUUCACACUGGAGAGAAACCUCAUUCCUGUCCGGAAUGUGACAAACGCUUCUCACAUAUCAGCAGUCUUCAGAGGCACACAAAAAUACACACGGGGGACAAACCUCAUUGCUGCGCUGAAUGUGGCAAACGAUUCUCCGACAGUUACACUCUUCAGAGGCACACAAGAACUCACACUGGGGAAAAGCCAUACAGCUGUUCUCAGUGUGACAAACGAUUUUUUGACAUUUGCGGCGUGCAGAGACAUACAAGGAUUCACACGGGAGAAAGGCCGUAUAGUUGUUCUAAAUGCGGCAAACUGUUUUUUGAUGGCAGCGCCCUACAGAAGCACACACGGAUUCAUACUGGAGAGAAGCCCUAUCACUGUACGGAGUGUGGCAAACGAUUUUCACAAGUAAGCAGCCUUCAGAGCCACUCCGAAAUUCACAGUGGACUGAAGCCUUAUUGCUGCUCCGAAUGCGGCAAGAGAUUCUCCUGUAGCAGUUACCUUCAGAAACACACAAGAAUUCACACUUAAGAAAAGACAGAUUGUUGUUUUGAAUGUAGUAAGAGUUUCUCACGACAAAGCAGACUUUACAGUCCAUUCAAUUCAAUUGAUUUUUGUGUGGCGCUCUUCACUGAAGGCAGAAUCGGAGCGCUGGGACUUGUUCACAGGUAGAUGCAAAUGUGAUCAUUACAAGUGACUAAUUGUUUCAUACGUACACAUGAAGAGACAGAUUUGAUUAAACAGACAGGGAAAGCACAGUAGCUUGAAACUGAUUAACAUAAAUGGAGACCAGCAGUAUCUCUCCUUCAAUUAACUGUUAAACUACAGCCAAAUGAUAACAAAUAAGAGGAAAACAAAACCUCCAGUCAGCAGCAACACUUGGCAAAAUAAACCUGGUGAAUGUGUCCAUGGUCAGUUAUAACAGAGAAGGUGACAAUCCUAGACAUGUUGGCCAAGCGGGCCAACACUCCUGGGCAUUCAACAAUAGAGUCUGUGCUAGACAAUCUAAUCCCACAAGGACUCUCAAUAAUUUCCCUUUAAGCAACUUCCAUCUGUCACCUUGUGGUUGUCCUAACAGACUCCACAGCGAACGCACACCUGACGUUUAGACGAUGCUCAGGAGUUCUGGGUGAAUGUGCUACAGAAGAAUGGGUCAAAACUUUGGAUCAACUUCAACCCCGUUAUGGUGCAAAUGACAAAAGCUAACAUGCACUCGCAAGAAACAAAUUGCGCUGCAACAGUGGAGAGGUUUUAUUUUUUUGAAUGACGGUCCACUGUUGAGGACCCAUGCAGGCAGGACCAGUCCAAGGGGGAUGUCCACGUAACACCUGGCUGCGGCAGAUAGAGGGGUCCUUGCUGGAGGGUGGGCGUGGACCGCUUGUCUGCAGGGGGGUUGCCAACCAGGAUCCCGAGCUGUUUUGUCAUGUGGUGGGUGUGGCAACACGCUGUACUGGUGCACACUCCCUAACCUGACCUGACCUCCAUAAAAGUGUUUGCCACUGAAGGAACCUCGAAAUCGGCUGUGCAGUGAAACAUAAGGCCACCUGAUCAUCAGUCGGGUUAUGGAAGAAGCACGCACAAACACGUCUUCACAAAAAUAAUGGAAGAUGAAGAAAGCUGGAAUUUUGUAGAAGCCCAAUGAGAUGGUAUGAGUAAUUCAUGACAGAAAACCCAAAAUGAAGCUGAAGCAGUUCGGGAAGGAAGAGUGGGCUAGACUCAAAAGAAGAUGACUAUUUUUAUUUUUUCACCUCAGGUAGUAUGUACAUUUCUUUAAUAAAUGAAUGAAAUAAGAA